AUGGCCUUCAAUAGAGCCGCCCCGCUUGCUGUCGAGCAGAGUGAUGAGUUCAGCCGGCCACUCACUUCGGGUUCGCCCAUUGCUCAAGCUGCCAUUGCGCGCGAUCUCGCUCAAUACAGUGACCGUGGCGGAACUGACCAUACGUCUGACGACGACGACGACGACGACGACUAUGAUGCUAACGACACAUCGCUAGUGCACGAGACAAGCAAUAUCUUGGGCACAACACCGCAUUCUUUAGCGGGCUCAUAUCGUCGCCUUGGAUAUUUUACAUCCGGAUCUCGAGGUAUUGUUGUCCCGCACGAUGCCGAACAAGAACCGUGUUUGUCCAAGCAGGAAUUAGAGCGUGUUUAUGCUGAAGAAAGAGACUUGUUGACUGAUAACAAUUUCCUUACUGCUCGUCGAACGCGGACUAGUUCUGUAAGUUAUUUGACUAGUCAAAUUACUGCUGGGCUGUUGCGCAGGAUGCCUUCUCGAGAGCCAGACGAGGAAAACCAUCAGCCGGCAAAUUCAGAGCCGAAUGAAACAUCGGCUUUGCUAGGAGAAGAGACACUUGUUAAUGAUGAGGAGGAGAUCGACCGAAAAUGGGAGGAGGCAGUGACUGCUGGGCUCAUCCAAUCAACUUGGAAGCGAGAAGCGCAAGUUAUUGGGCAAUAUUCACUGCCGCUUAUUGUCACUUUCUUACUCCAGUAUUCCUUAACCGUGGCCAGUAUCUUCACAGUUGGUCACCUAGGAACAAUAGAGCUAGGAGCUGUGAGUCUGGCAAGUAUGACUGUCAGCAUCACCGGAUCAGCCGUCUAUCAAGGUCUUGCUACCAGCCUUGACACCCUUUGCGCCCAGGCUUAUGGAUCUGGGAAGAAGCAGCUAGUCGGGCUUCAAAUGCAGAGGAUGGUUUUCUUCCUAUGGGUAGUGACGAUUCCAAUUGCCCUUAUUUGGUUUUUCGCGGAUAAAAUCCUCGUGGCUAUUAUCCCGGAGACAGAGGUUGCUCUUCUUGCGGCGCAGUAUCUCAAAGUCCUUAUCUUCGGCGCCCCAGGAUAUGCCUGUUUUGAAAGUGGCAAGCGGUUCGUCCAGGCACAGGGCAUUUUUACAGCAUCCCUGUAUGUCCUGCUCAUUUGUGCUCCGCUAAACGCCUUUAUGAACUGGUACUUCGUGUGGAAACUCAACCUAGGCUUCAUUGGUGCACCCAUCGCUGUUGCUAUUACCGAGAAUCUCCUACCACUAUUUCUUUUUCUAUAUGUAUAUUUCGUCGCCGGUCGCGAAUGCUGGAAUGGUUUCACGUGGCGUGCAUUUGAGAACUGGGGCCCCAUGAUCCGUCUCGCUUUACCAGGUCUCAUCAUGGUCGAGGCCGAAUGUCUUGCCUUUGAAGUCUUAACGUUGACAUCGUCCUACUUGGGAACAGAAGCCCUUGCCGCUCAAUCUGUCCUCAGCACGAUUAGCAGCAUCACCUUCCAGAUCCCCUUCCCCUUGUCAAUUGCAGGUAGCACACGUGUGGCUAACCUCAUCGGUGCAACCCUCGCCGGCGCCGCGCGUACAGCCGCAAAGGUGACGCUGAGCGGCGCAGUCAUCGUGGGAAUCCUAAACAUGAUCUUACUCUCAUCCUUGAGAUUCUCCCUCGCGGGUCUUUUCACGUCAGAUGAACAGGUCAUCGAAAUGGUCGCUGCCGUUCUCCCUCUUUGUGCCGCAUUCCAACUCUUCGAUGCAUUGGCAGCAAGUUGCAAUGGUAUCCUGCGGGGCAUGGGCCGUCAAGAAAUCGGUGGCUAUGUACAGGUUUUUUGUUAUUAUGCUGUUGCAAUGCCGAUCAGUAUGGGCACGACUUUUGGUCUUGGAUGGGGACUUUGGGGGCUAUGGUCUGGUGUUGCGAUUGCCCUAGGACUGGUCUUUAUGAUUGAGGUCGUGUUCCUGAGCCGGACGAGUUGGGAAAAGAGUGUGGAGGAAGCCAGGAAGAGGAAUGCUGUUGCUUGA